AUGACGUCCAAGAUUCCGGGUAUGCAGCAUCUGCAAUCGUUUACACAACGAAAGGAAAAAGAGUGCCGAAAACCCGAAGAAGGACUCAAGAACGAUUUGAUCAUCCGUGCUGCUCGUGGCUACCAGACUGAACGAGCUCCGUGCUGGAUCAUGCGCCAGGCUGGUCGAUAUCUUCCAGAGUUCCGCAAGAUCAGAGAGGACCACGACUUUUUCGAAUGCUGCCGCAACCCGGAGCUAGCCUCCGAGAUCACGGUGCAGCCCAUCCGUCGCUACUCGGGUCUGCUGGAUGCUGCCAUCAUCUUUUCGGACAUCCUGGUGGUGCCACAAGCGAUGGGAAUGGAGGUGGAGAUGCUUCCUGCCAAGGGACCUCACUUUCCCGAUCCGCUGGUGACGCCCAAGGACGUAACAACCAAACUCAAGAAGAAGGUCGACGUCGACAAGGAGCUUGGCUACGUCUACGAAGCUAUUGCUAUGACACGCACCAAGUUGGACGGCGAGGUGCCUCUGAUUGGAUUCUGCGGCGCACCGUGGACGCUGAUGGCGUAUAUGGUUGAGGGUGGAGGAAGCAAGACGUUCGAGAAGGCCAAGGCGUGGCUUUUCAAGUAUCCCGAAGAGUCCAAGGAGCUUCUGCAGAGGAUUGCCGACGUCUGCACCGACUUCCUGGUUGGGCAGGUCAAGGCGGGUGCGCAGCUGCUGCAGGUAUUUGACUCGUGGGCUGGUGAGCUGUCUCCGUCGGAUUUCCGCCAAUUCUCGCUUCCGUUCCUGCGAUCGAUUGCAGCUUCGGUGCGGGACAUUCUGUCGACCAAGUCAAUCCCGUGCCCUCCUUUGAUCGUGUUUGCCAAGGGUGCUCUGGGACACUCGCUACCAGAGGUGGUCAAGGCAGGCUACGACGUGGUGGGACUGGAUUGGACGGUAGAGCCAUGUGUGGCGCGCAAGGUGGUUGACCUGGCAUCGCCGGGUAAGCCGAGCUACCAGGAUGCGAGUGGACAGAACGAGGCUGGACACCGUUUGGCGCUGCAGGGCAACAUGGACCCAGCGGUGCUAUACGCUGGAAAGGAGGCGAUCGAGGCCAAGGUGGAGGAGAUGCUGCGAUCCAAGAAGGGCGGCUUUGGUGGUGGAGGAGCGUACAUUGCUAAUCUGGGCCAUGGCAUUACGCCGGGCGUGGACCCAGAAGCGGUCCGGAUCUAUCUCAAGGCAGUUCACAGGAUCAGCCGAGAAGUCAACAGCGCUCUGGAUGAGGAGUAG